AAAUAAAAAAUCUAACAUAAUUAUUUUCGGACAGACAAAGUCACUUUGAGAUUAGAAGAAGAAGAAGACAGAACCGUGUAGGCUUUUCUGGUGAAGUAGAAUCAUUUUAUAAUGCAGUUUAUAAACACCUCCAGUUUUCUCUUCCUUCACCUUCUUACUCUUCCUUCACCUUCUUAUUCCUCUCUCUCUCUUUCUCGCUUGUGGCUCGGGGAAAAAGAUGUCGCGCAGUUGCUCUCAGUGUGGAAACAACGGCCACAACUCUCGUACGUGUCCGACGGAAACAUCCCCUGGCGGCGGAGGAGAGAAAGGAAUCAUGCUUUUCGGCGUCCGCGUAACGGAAGCUUCGUCGUCUUCUUCUUUCAGAAAAAGCGUCAGUAUGAACAACUUAUCUCAAUUCGAUCACGCCGCUCACGACUCAAACCCUGUGGACGACGGUGGCUACGCCUCAGACGACGUCGUUCACGCCUCCGUCAGAAACCGCGAGCGCAAGCGAGGGACUCCAUGGACGGAGGACGAGCAUAGGUUGUUUCUCACGGGGCUGCAUAGAGUAGGCAAAGGAGACUGGAGAGGAAUCUCUAGAAACUUCGUGAAAACUCGAACGCCGACUCAGGUGGCGAGCCACGCUCAGAAGUAUUUCCUCCGCCGUACGAACCAGAAUCGCCGCCGUCGUAGAUCCAGCCUCUUCGACAUCACUCCCAACACUCAAACAGAAGAGGGGACGCCACUGGAGGGGAUACCUCCGGUUCCUCCCUCGCCUAAGAUGGCUGAUCUGAAUCUCAGCCACAAAACAGCGGCGGCGGAGAGGUUUGCGUUGUCGCUGAAACUACCGAUGCAGACUUCUUCUUCAUCUUCCAACGAACAGAAGUCACGUCCCACGGUCUUCGAGACCAUGUCGAGUAAUGGAGAUAGUAUAAUGGGAGUUGCUUGAUGUAAGAACAAAAAGCUUUGUUUGGUUAUUAUUAUUAUUAAGAGUUGACUAUGAUUAAUGUGAAAUUGGAGGAGAUUAUAUGAUUAGGCUAAUUAUAUCUGAUUAUGAUAAGUGUGUACUGUCUUUUGUUUUUUUGCCCUUUUGGGGGAAGGGAGAAAGAAACGACUUGUCCUUUUUGUUGUUGUACGAUAUAUCGAAUGGAUGUGGUAAAACGCGGGUAGUGUAUGUGUUGUUUUGGUCAAAUUUAGUUUGUUUGUCACAGACUACUUCAAAGAAACUACCUGUUGAUUUCUGACGAUGCUUAAGUUAAAUGGAAUUUAAUUGUUGUUUA